CCUGCGCACAAACUCUGUUCAUCUUUGUCAAGGGCAAUUCAUUUAAACGGAUGAGCUCAGACAAGUCGGCUGGCUGUUUCCACUCGUCGGGCUUUUGCAGUGGAGCUUUUGAUUGGCUGAUUGUAUUAUUGUAUGCAAAUCCGCUCGGGGUUGCAGCCAGUAGGUGAAAGGCUCGCGCUGGUGUGGCUCUCGAGACCCGGAGCGCGAGCGCGGAGAAGCGGCUUUCCGCGGAGCUGUCCAGUCCUGGAGGUGCUGAAACGCAGGAUUUCACUCCAGUUUCUUUCUUUCUUCCGCGGAGCUGUCCACUCCAGGAGGUGCUGAAAGCAGGAUUUCACUUCAGCUGGAAGGAAUGCACAAACUCCGAGGACGCUGUACUGCAUAGAUAUUCUACACGGGAUUGGAUUUACUUCGCAUCACUUAACAUUGUUGCUCAUCAAGUAGUACAGUGUGCUAUUUUUCAAAACCUCAGUUGGAAAUACGUUUCUGGAUGACUUGUGGUUGGACACACAGGAGUGUAAUGUGCAGGUGUUGGGCGGUCGUUCUGCUCUGGGCCGUGGCUCUGAUGGCAGAGGCUCGUCCUGGUAAAGAAGGAUUCACCCCGCCGGCGUAUCGACCACUCGUCCGCUUCCGUCACAAGGAUGGGAUCUCAGAGAGUUUACGAAUGAAAGGGUUUCUUGGUCAGACUGGUUUCCCCGGGCCCUGUGAACAUAAGUACUGUGGUUUGGGGAAACACUGUGUGGUGGACAGAGAAACAGGUGAAGGAGAAUGUCAAUGUCUGGAGCGCUGCAAACCGCAUUACAAACCUGUGUGUGGAUCUGAUGGGAAACUCUACCAGAACCACUGUGAGCUCCACAGAGCCUCCUGUCUGGCCCAUCAGAGAAUAACCAUCAUGCACAGCGACGAAUGCUUCUACAAAGAUGACAACUGCCGUCUGGGAGAUUAUAAAAAAUUGAAGAGCAAGAUGUUGGACAUACAUGCUCAGAGGUACUUGACCGCCGCUAACCAAGGCAGCCACGAGAUGGAUAUGGCUGCUAGGAAACAUCUGGUGGACAUGAUGUUUAAGCGCUUUGAUGCAGACGGCGAUGGAAAAGUUGACAGCAGCGAGCUUUCACAGGUCAUCAAGCAGGAAGGUUUGAGCAGGACGGUGUCCGAAUGCACGCUGUUCGACCUCUUCAAAUACAAUGACAUCAACGACGACGAACACCUCACUAAAGACGAGUUUUAUGCAGCUUUUGAGGUGUACCAGCUCAGCCUUCCAGAAGAACAGAAGCUGAGUGUCACCACGGUAACAGUGGGUCAGAGCGCCGUCCUCACGUGUGCCAUCAUGGGAGACCAGCGGCCGCCCAUCAUCUGGAGACGCAACGGCCAUGAUCUCAACAUGCUGGAGCUGGAGGAUAUCAACGAUUUCGGAGAUGAUGGAUCACUGUACAUUACCAAGGUGACCACUACACAUAUGGGCAACUACACCUGCCAUGCGGACGGAUACGAGCAGCUCUUCCAGACACACACCCUGCAGGUUAAUGUGCCUCCUGUUAUCCGUGUCUACCCAGAGAGCCAGGCACGUGAGCCGGGCGUCACAGCCAGUCUGCGAUGCUACGCAGAGGGCAUCCCUGACCCACAGCUGUCCUGGCUGAAGAACGGCAUGGACAUCACCACUAAACUCUCCAAACAGCUCACACUUCAAGCAAACGGGAGCGAGGUUCACAUCAGUAAUGUCCACUUUGAGGACACUGGCGCUUAUACCUGCAUCGCCCGCAAUGAGGCCGGUGUGGACGAGGACAUCUCUUCUUUAUUCGUGGAGGACUCUGCUCGCAAAACACUGGCAAACAUCCUGUGGAGGAGGAAGGUCUGGGAUGGAAACAUGUUCUAUGUGUUUUAUGAGGAUGGUAUUAAAGUUAUCCAGCCGGUGGCCUGUGAGAUUCAGAGGCACAUCAAGCCCAGCGAGAAGCUUCUUGGCCUGCAGGAGGAGGUUUGUCCGCUCGUGGAAGGAGAGAUCGAGCAGAAAUGCUUGUGGACAUCCGCUGUCAACGUGAAGGACAAGUUCAUUUACGCCACACAGCCUUUGCUGAACCGACUGCUCAUUGUGGACAUCCAAUCUCAGAAGGCCGUUCAGACUGUGAGCACAGACCGGGUUCCAGUGAAGCUGCACUAUGAUAAAUCUCAUGACCAGGUGUGGGUGUUGAGCUGGGGAGAUCUGGAGAAAAACUUCCCAACACUACAGGUGAUCAGCCAGGCCAGUGGCAGCACAUCUCACCACACCAUCCACACGCAGCCGGUCGGCCAUCGCUUCGACAGGGUGGAGGAUUUCUUCAUUCCUCCCAUAAGUCUCACCAUCAACCACAUCAGGUUUGGUAUUGUCCUCCACAAGAAUGAGCCAGCUCUUCACAAGAUUGACUUGGAAACCACAUCCUAUGUGAAAAACAUUAGCCUGCAGCAGUAUGAUUGUAUCCCACAAUCCCUGGCCUACACACACCUGGGCGGAUACUAUCUGGUCAACUGUCGACCGGACUCAACAGGUGCGGCGAAGCCACAAUUAAUCAUCGACAGCAUAACAGACAACGUCAUCGGCCCUAACGGCGAUGUGAGCGGCACACCUUAUGUCUCUCCUGAUGGCCACUAUUUAGUGAGUGUGGACGACCGUGACGGGCUAAUGCGCUUACAGCAUGUGUCCGUACGGGGAGAGAUCGGCCAACCCUUUGACAUUCACACCAACCUGCACCUGUCCGAUCUGGCCUUCAUGCCCUCGUUCACUGAGGCCAACCAGUAUAAUGUGUUCGGAAGCUCCGGCCGGCAGACGGAUGCUCUUUUUGUGGAGCUCAGCUCUGGCAGUGUCAAAAUGAUCAAGAGCUUGAAGCAGCCCACAGCAUCGGCGCAGUGGCCCUGGAACCGUCAGAACCGGGUUAUGACCGGAAGCGGACUGUUCGGACAGUAUCUCAUGACCCCGUCACAAAGCUCCCUGUUUAUACUGGACGGGCGUCUGGAUAAACUCAACUGUGAGAUCACCGACGUUCCCUUGGGAAAUACUGUGGUGUGGGUGGGAGAGGCAUAAGGCGUCUUAAAAAGGGGGCUUGAGAGGGAAACAACAAACAGGUUGCACUGAAUUCGGUCUCUGUUUAAUUUAUCGAGCAGUUUGGAACUAAAUCUAAUUUGACUCUGCAUUGGAAAUGAGAAUUUUGGGAAAUGCUUGGUAAGGCUUUCGAGUCAAAUAGCUAAUAAGUAGUACUAAAAAAAAGUAAAAAUGUAAAAUUAGAUGGUGUCGAACUAGCUUUAAUUGAAGGCGAUCGAAUGAAUCGAUUCGAGUGAUACGAACGCAGAAAUAAAUCAUCAUUUAUCCUCAUUUCCCCAUUUGAAAAGACCUCCAAAAUGCAUUCGGCCCAUUUUUUUCCAGUGCCUUGAAGGAACGCUCGCUUGAAAAAACUAAGUAAACAUAAUUAUUCCCUGCGAGCCUGUGGAUAAAACGCGGAGAGAAUGCGAGAGCUACACUUUAAAUUUCACCUGUUUAUAACUCCCACAGACCCCGAAGCAUAUCUGGCCUAUUAAAACAGCAUCGUGCUGAGAAACCGUCACCUCCUGUGGAUAUUGAGAUAUUGGUAAAGGCGUGUUUGACAACUGUAAAUCUUCAUGAAAAACUAGGGUGCGAAAAUGACGACGGCGAGUUUUUUGUGUGAACCCCUACACUAAAAAAACGCAACGGCUAGAUAUAAACGUAACAUACAUAGGGACAGUUAUGAUCCUGUAUAAUCUUAGUAAGAGAGGUAGUAGAGUUUCAAGGGCACAUAAAGAAUCAAGUUUUAGUUGACUCAGCAGCCGUAAGAGUCUGCUUUCAGUAACUGGUGCGUCGCGUGGUGUGAUGUUAGACAUAAUUUAUGCAUUGCAAGGGUUAUAUAGCUGGGGAACAUUUAUUUGAGAGUCACUUUGCUACAAGAGCACGAACUAAGGAAUAUUUAGUGUCAGUAGGAAGCACAAAUGUGUGCUCACGAUAUUGAAUUAUUUCCUCAACGGACAGAGUCUAUGCAUUUUCAUUGAAACGCCAGCCAAUGGGCUGCAUGAAUUGAGCUUUCCCCCGAAUUAGUUCCGUUUUCAUGUUUUAGAUUUUGUAUAUUUUGUUAAAAUGCACACACACACACACACACACACAAAAUGGCUUUUUAUUGAGUGUGUUUUCCUUAUGCUCCGAGUAACCAUGACUCUUUUCUUUUGAUUUUUGUAGUGACUUGUGUUUUGUAAAUAGCAGAUUGGUCUACGCUCGCGUACAACACAGUAGCUGAAAUCAUCUUCAAACGGUUCAGGUUUCCCCUCGUUUAUUUUUGAGAUGAAAGAACUGCACUGUCUUUGUUCCACAAAUGACCAAGUACAUUGUGAUGUCACAUCCAGAGAUUUCAUCAGCUCCAUGUAGCCAUGUAUGUUGAUUCUUGUGAUUGUUAUUUAUGUAGAAACAUGCUUGACAUUUUGGCAGUUAAAU